AUGGCUUCUCUUCAACCUUCAUGGCUCUCUUCUCCCAAUCUCUUUCCCUCCUCAAAACCCGACCAUCCUUCAAAGCCAUUCAAGCUCUUCUUCUCUCUCAACUCACCCAAUGAGUCCGACGCAAAGGAGCUGCCUCCUGCUGUUAAGGCUGCGAUGGAGAAAGCCAAAGAGUACAAGCAGAAGAAGCAAGGGACCAAGACCAACACAGGUUCAGGACGGUUUCGAGCAUGGAUUUCGUGGGACUUGGGUUUGCGGAUAAGAAGGAGGGGAGGUCACUGCCAGCUGGGUUGGUUCCAAUUGCAGACGAUUUUUCGCAAGGGGACUUGCCUGAGGUUGAGAUUAUUGUUGGGGACUCUAGUAAGUUCGGAGCAAGGACAAGAGAGAUUGAGCAACAGGCGAAAGGAGACGGAGACCCGGAUCUUUACAAGCCCAGGGUGUCUUCACGGGGACAUUUCGAAAACGUUUGGUGGUGGGCGAGUUAUACGCCCUGGGGAAGUGCUUGAAACAGAGGAAGAAAAAGCAGCUAAGGAAGCACGAACAAGACAAUUAGUUGCUGCUUACAAGAGUAAAAUGGGUUUGAAUAUUGAUCCGAAGCUCAGAUUGGACUGUGAGAAGGCGUUACACGAUGGUGACUCAUUGAUGAACAUUGGAAAGCUGAAGGAAGCAAUAACCUACGAUGAGAAAGUUAUGGACAAGUUACCAUUUAAGAGUCAUCUCCAUGGGCUUGCUGCUUUACAGUGGUCUAUUUGUCAAGACUCCCUGAGCAGGACAAAAGAAGCUCAAAUUAUGUAUGAAAGGCUUCAAUCCCACCCAACUGCUAGAGUAAGCAAGAAAGCAAGGCAAUUUAUGUUCAGCUUUCAGGCAAUGGAAAUGAUGAAGGUUACAAGGAGCUCACCUUGGAGGAACACUGACUACCAGAAUUUUUUUGAAGCUUUUAUUGACUACAAAUCUGACUACCCGCUGGAAGAUGGUGAAGUCGAAGUAGGUACUUUGAGUCAGAUUCUCCCUUAUAUGUUUUUCCUUGUUUCUCCGAUUUUAUUUGUGUUACUCAUUGCCAUACAAAAGAGAAUAUAAUUAGCUACUAGUAGAACAAUAUUGCCAAUUAUACCAUUCUUAUUGUGUGUGUGUAUAUAUAUAUAUAUAUAUAUAUAUAUAUAUCCGAGACAUUACUUCAGAAUUAGAAU